AUGACGGCUGAGCAGUACACGACGUGGUGUCAACCGUGGAUGAAUUCUCUGAUAAUUAAAGUUCUGGAGACUCAUGUUCAGCGGCAUAUACUCAUUGACAGAGUUCACAGGAUGUGGAAAUCGAAGGUCAACCCAAUGAAGGUGACCCCUCUUAGCAACGAUUACUACAUCAUCUCCUUCACUAGUAGGGAAGACCGAGACUAUGCUUUUCAUGAAGGACCCUGGAUGAUAGAUGACCAUUACUUAUUAGUGCAACGCUGGUGCCCUAACUUUAACCCAUGGAAAGCAGAUAAUCAAAGGAAGAUUACGGCGUGGAUUCGUAUCCCAGACUUGCCAAUGGAAUUCUAUAACGUUGAAUCUCUUGGAAUGAUUGGGAACAUGGUGGGCAGAACGAUUAAAAUAGACCGAUCGACCUCAAUCUAUGAUAAGGGAGGUUUUGCGCGCUUAUGCGUAGAGAUUGACUUGCAACAACCGUUACCCACGGCGUUCACGGCCUUCGGUGAGGAUCGACAAAUCGUCUAUGAAGGGCUUCACAUGGUUUGCUUCCAUUGUGGAAGAUACGGACAUCAGAAGCACGCGUGCUGA